GUGAGAGUGAGUAAGACAGAGUGAAAGAGAGGGACAAAGAGAGUGAGUAAGAGAAAGAGAGAGCAAACAGGAGAGAGCGUGUGUGUGUGUGAGAUAGAGAAAGAGAGCAAAAAGAGUGUGAGAGAGAGUGAGAGAGAGAGAGAGAGAGAGAGAGAGAGAGAGCAGUUUAAGCAGCAGCAGCAGCAGCAGCUGGAGCCAGAGGAAAGUCAGGGCUUGUGUGUCGCACUGUUUGAGGAUCUCCCCCCCUCCCCUCCACUCUCUCUCCCUGGGACAUUAAUCCAAAGAAGCGGGCAGUGUGCUGUGAGCAAGGCAGAGGAUGGCCAUGGGAACCCCCACGUCUGGAUGUUCUGCGCUGGUUCUGGUUCUGGUGCUGACCCUGGGGUUGGAGGAGCGGGCUGAGGGAUGCAGCUGCAUUCCAGCGCACCCCCAGCAGCAGUUCUGCAGCUCACAAAUCGUUGUUCGUGCAAAAAUAAAAGGGGAAAAGAUUGUGCCUCCAGGCAACGGCUCUUCGCCCUACAUGAAGAUGAUCCAGUAUGAAAUUAAAGUAAUUAAGAUGUUUAAAGGUUUUCAGAAGGUGAAAGACAUCCAGUUUGUCUACACACCUGUCUUUUCCUCCUUAUGUGGGAUCAAGCUGGAUUCCAGUAAGGAGUACCUGCUGUCAGGCAACAUUUACAGAGAUGGGAAGGUCUCCAUCGGUUUGUGUGACUUAAUUGAACACUGGGACAACCUCUCCGUGUCCCAGAAGAAAAACCUCAACUACAGAUAUCAGAUGGGAUGCGACUGCAAAAUUGCCACUUGCUACACGGUUCCCUGCACCGCCAUCACAGACAAUGAGUGUCUGUGGACGGACUGGCUGCUGGACAACAGCCUGAAUGGGGACCAGGCCCGGCAGUUCGCCUGCAUCAAGCACAGCGACGGUUCCUGCAGCUGGUUCCGGGGAGACCGACCUGCCGAGAAAGACUGUCUGUCUGACCCCUGAGCAGGGGGGCCCCAGGGGCCUGGGGCUGUGCUGCUCCAGAGACAUUGUAGAGUCUUUCACCUUCCCUCCUUCCUUCUCGCUCUACUCCCUGGAACUAUCGCUGCUUGGUGCAUCCUUUUUAUUGUGUUCUGGGGUUCCCCUGGGGCCUCUGCUCGUCACUGGUAUGAAUUUAUGAGAAAGCCAAGCAGGGGCCGGACGUCACGUUCAGCUUUCAUGAAGGGAACCGUGAGGGGAGGAGAGACUUGGUUUCAUCACGGCCUGGGUACCUUACCACUCUUAGUGACAAAGCAGAAUGCCUAGAUUACCUUCACGCUUUUGCACCCUUCCUUCAGUUUGAUAUCAUGCUCUGUAAACCUUGUACUCCUGCGAGAUAUGUGACCAGUUCUUUUGUUUUUCCUUUUGAAGUAGAAAAGCCCGGGUCAAGUGUUCUUAAUAACUGCUUUGGCCUACAAGUACAAACUAUGAACGGAAAAAUUGUCCCAAAUUCCCUGAUCACUUAGACCUUAUCAGGAAUGUACACUUGUAUUCAUUCAUAUCUAUCAUAAAACAAUAAUUUCAUGAUGGCAUACACAUAACGAUGCUAAUUCUUAGUAAUGGGUUUUUAGCUUGACCAAAUACAUCUGAUUAAUAAGCUUCAUAUCAUCCCUUUGAGAAAUAUGGCUUGGAGAAACACCCUUAUUGACAUUCCCUGAAUGACCAAUAUGACAUUUCUGUCAUAUAUGAUUUGAGUGAAUAUAUCUACGUAGGAUAUGAGAUGGCCCUUUAACACACAUUUAUAUGUGUCUUAUGAGAAUGUAUAUAUUUGUAUGACAAUUAACAAUUUAAAUGUUAACAGGUUAACAGGUACAAUACAGUAGUCUUGUAUUUUGUAUAGUUUACAGUAUACCCAGUACAUAAUUGAUGUUCCCUAAGUAUUUGUACUUUGUGUGAUAUUGCCAUUUGUUCUUAUAUUAUUGUACUCUGUAAAACUUUUUUCUUGUGCCAAAAAGCUAAUACAUUGCUUUAACAUAA